GAAAGAAAGCAACCAUUCUAUUUCCAAGAGAGAGAGAGACAUUCGCAUAGAGUAGCGUUACUCUUUUUUCUCUCUCACUGCUCACAUUCCGUACUAUGUAAACUCUUGCUUCUCCUCAUCUUCUUCAGUAUCGCCGCCUCUUCUCUGACCACUUCCCCAAAACCCAUUUGCAGAAAUCUACAGUUCAUAGACAAAACCUCACUCAAUUAGGCUCUGCCUUUGUUUCCAGGGCUUCCGCUUCAUCUAAUGCUCACGCAAUUGAGAGACCCUUAACUGUGAAGUUAUUUUUUGCACUAUGGGGAGGCUUGGGAUGUAUAAAGUUUCAUGAUUGAUAUUAGAACUCGAGGCAACUUCAGUUCAGAAAUUAGAACUCAAGGUCACAAUUGACUGGCUAUCCAAAGGCCAACAGGAAUUCCUCAUCUUGGCCUCAACUAUUGAGUUUUUUUUGGUAGUGGAAGUUGGACUCUCAUGUAAUUGUCAUUCUCAUUUUGUCCUUUAGAAUCACAUCUCUGUGUGUAGAGAGAGAGAAUGGAACCACCAUCUCCAGACUGCAAUGGUGCAGAAGCGGUACUAAAUCUCCAACCGAGCUCAUCAAUUCCUGUUACGUAUCACCCUCUCUUUGGUCCUCACGAUGAUCUAAUCCUCCUUGAGCUCGAUCAGAAACUUCUCCCUGAUGUCCUGCACCAAAGAGUAACUAUUAGAGGACAGCCUGAUGAAGAUGCAGUCCUCUGCACGGAGUCAAAAACUUAUGCAAUCAAAUCCGUUGGAACUUCAAAUUCUGUUUUUCUCAUUCCCCCAUCAAGUCAAUUUAAUUCUUUUGAAAGCCCAAUAUGUUGUGAUGAGAACUAUCAUGAUCCGCAAUCUGUUGCUUCUGUCAUUAAGAUUGCAACCGGUAACAUGGAACUUGUUGAAGUUGCCCCUAGACUUGACAAGCUAAGGUCGCUACUUUUUGAGAAUCCUUACAGAUCUGAGGAGGACGUAGAAAUGGUGGACGUGGAAGAGAUGGAAGGAAAGAAUACAGGACUGUAUAGCUGGGAUGAUCUUAUUGAGAAGGUUCAAGCUAGUGAUGAUGAAUUAAGGACUGGGUUGCAGGCUCUUUCGGCAGUGGAUAUUUAUGGAUGUUGGAGAAUUGUGGAUGAGAAGUACAUGGACAGAAUUCUUAGGAUGCUUUUGCACAAUUCAGUGCUGAAUGAUUGGUCAUUGUCUUGUCUGAAUGAAGACGACGUUGUCAAUGCAUUGGAAUCAGAUGGCUUUCCCCACAAACUUGCAAACCACUGCUUGCAUGUUUAUGGUAGCAAGGUGAUUGAGGGUGUGAGCACAAGUAGUAUAUGGAAGUUGGAUGAGAGGAAGGUAUGUGUGCAUUUUGCAAGAGACAUCUUGAGAGACGGGAAUAGGAAGAUGGAGAGGUUCAUGGAGGACUGGACACGUAAGGUUCCCGAAGGGAUGCCUGCAAGUUUAGACUUGUUGGAAGGUGAAGUUUUGAUAGAGAAGCUUGGCGCAGAGACAUGGAUUCGAGCCUUCAGCGUAUCAUCUCUACCCUACAACCCUGCAGAGCGAUUCUCCGUCCUCUUUAAAGAGCGUCCAAAAUGGGAGUGGAAGGAUCUACAGCCCUUUAUCAGUGACUUGAGAGUGCCGGGUCUUUCUGCCGAAGGUUUGCUUCUCAAAUACACUAGAAGAACACAACCAACUGCUGAUGCAGAACCCGUUUUCAGCAUAAGAUAGUGUUAAAAUAUAUGUUAAUUGUCAUCUGCAUAAUAUUAUUCCAUGUGUCCUAAUCAAAGAAUACUUGAUUUUGCUAAGAAACUGAUAUAAUAUUCUCAGAUAUAUCCUUUAUUUUCUUUU